AUGGCUGAUCCAGGCCCUGAAGAAAGGAGUGAUUCAUCUGAUUCACGGAGGCCACCUGCUCCCAGGCCUAAUGAGGAUCUGUACUACAAUCCUGAAAGAUGUUUGGCAAAGGCGACAAAGUGCAAUGAGGAAUUAGCCAGACAGGCUGUUAAAGCCCAGGCACCUCCUCGGAGACCUAGAGGACGUCCCCGUGGGAGCACGGCCGCCAGGAGGGAAGAACAAGCUACGCAGCAGGAUCAGCCAAGGCCCCAGAGAAACACCCGGGCUGAGGCCACUGACAACCCAACUGCAGAGUUGUCAACAUGGAUGGAUAAUAUGCUAGCUCCUCCAGUAGCUUGGAACCCGAAUUCUGAAGCUGGAAGAAACAACCUGGAUCCUGUCCAGGCAAGCUCUGGGCCAUCUAGGCCCAAUUAUGGGAGACGGCCGCCGUCUCCCAUAAGACAUCCACCGUCACUAAUAAGGCAGCCCUCACCAAUCCGAGAGGUCCCACGACCUGCACCACAGAGACCGUCUCGAAGUGGCAGUCGGGAUGGAAGCCGACAGGCCAGACCUGAACAAGGAAACAAGAGGGAGGCUAUCCGAGAGCAUAGAACUCCUCAACCUUCAGGAAGAAAAAUUUCAAGAUAG